UGGUCCGGCGUUAAUUCCACUAUUAGCCUGUCGUCUCUCUCUCUCUCUCGCCGCCCACGACGUCAUCAUGAUCGACAGCUAUCGUUCCGUUUCAGCCCGCGCACCGCCCACGAGCUUGGCUGAGACGCACUUCGGGCUGGUGUUUGUCGGGUUUUGUAUCGCUACGGCGUUGUUGGGGUUCACGGCGUCCCAGGCUUUCAGGUACUUGAGCGAAUAUAGACGGGAUCCGUUGCUGGUCCGGGUGAUAGUGGCGCUGCUCGUCGUCGUGGAGACCGCGAUCACGGGUUUCACGGGUCACACGUUGUACUACAUCUUGAUCACGCGCUACGCGGACGUAUCGGCGCUGGCGGGCACGUCGUGGGGGUUUGCGGCGUACAACGUGACGACGUCGGUGGUGAUAUUCGCGGUGCAGAUGUUCUUCUGCUACCGGUCAUGGAGGCUCAGUCGCGGCGAGAGCAAAGCGUACGUGGUGAACUCGCUGCUGCUCCUCUGUAUCUUUGCGGGAUUCGUGGUCUCCUUGGUAUCGUCCGCGAAGAUGGUCACUGCGGACCUGCUCGACGUCCUGCACCGUCCGUCGAUGAUGAUCCUCACCGCGAGCGGGAUCGGCCUCGCGGCGCUCGGCGACGUGCUCAUCACCGUGUCUCUCUACCUCUACAUCGGCGCGUCCCGGAUGGGCUUCAGACAGACUGAAGGCACCAUCAUGCGCAUGUGCAACUUUGUCCUGACGCGCGGGGUGCUCAUCCUACUGGUCCACGUCUUCACCUUCGUCACCUUCGUCGCCGCGGACCUGUUCACGACCCUCCUCUUCCACCAGCAGCUGUCCAAGCUCUACUGUUUCACGUUCUUCGUGCUCCUGCUCGAGUUCGAGCCGUUCAGGCUCGCGGCGCGCGAGUCGUCGUCGUCGUCGUCGUCGUCUUCGUCUUCGGCGCGGCAGGCGAUGGACGGGGCGCUCGGGGGCAACAUCGUGUUGAAGGUCGAGCUGAGCACGGACAGCGAUGACCGCGACUGCGACCUUGCCUCGAUCCGGAGCUUCCAGCGAAAGGAGGCGCCGUUUUCGGUAUGAAGGUCCCGCGGACGGCUCUCGGAUACAGCCCGGCGACGCGAAUACGAAAAGAACCCUUCAACCCCGGGGACCUUCAACUCGCUCGCAGGUUGCGUUGCGGACUGACCUGUGAAUGAUGGUCGCGGGGUGGACGGGUUUGAUGCUCGAGCUGCGGCGCGAGGGUUCUUCCUCCUGGGGCUGGUGCCUCUCACGAUCGUUAAGACAUGUCUUUUGCUUCUUUCGUCUGUUGGACUAGUUGACUCAUAGCUUGUAACUCGGAUAUUUUGUCCCCCUCCUCCCCCUUUUUUGUAUAUACAUUUGUGGACUCUUCUUUCGCGAUGCGGUAGAUAUAUUGAUAGAUAGGCAGGCGAGUUGAC